AGAAGAGGAGGCGGCACUUCCGGUUAACAGGCUUGCAAGUUUUUUCAUGUAACUCAGCCGGCUUGAGUGUUUCUGGGUGAAACCUUCUGGGUGACUCUGCUGGGUGCUGUGAGCGGAGCUCGGCAAGCUCAGAACUGCAGACAUGGAUGUAGUGACCUAUGAUGACGUGCAUGUGAACUUCACUCUGGAAGAGUGGGCUUUGCUGGAUCCUUCUCAGAAGAGUUUCUAUGAAGAUGUGAUGUUGGAGACCUAUAGGAAUCUCACAGCCAUAGGUUACGUUUGGGAAGACCAUACAAUUGCUGACGGUUUUCCAAGUUCUAGAAGACAUGGAAGGCAUGAAAGAAGUUGUACUGGAGAGCAACCCUCUAAGAUUACUCAAUGUGGUAAAGCUUUUGCAUGUCAGAGUCGUAUUCAAAGGCAUGAAAGAACUCAUAAUAUAGAGAAACCCUAUGAAUGUAACCAAUGUGGUAAAGCCUUUGCAACAAGCAGUGUUCUCCAAUAUCAUAAGAGAACACAUUCAGGGGAAAAACCCUAUGAAUGUAACCACUGUGGUAAAGCCUUUUCGGGAAGGAGUGUGCUCCAGUGUCAUAAAAGAACACACACAGGAGAGAAACCCUAUGAAUGUAACCAAUGUGGUAAAGCCUUUACACAAAGCAGUGGUCUCGAAUGUCAUAAAAGAACACAUACAGGAGAGAAACCCUAUGAAUGUAACCAGUGUGGUAAAACCUUUACACAAAACAAUGGUCUUGAAUAUCAUAAAAGAACACAUACAGGAGAGAAACCCUAUGAAUGUGACCAAUGUGGUAAAGCCUUUGCAGGAAAGAGUGUGCUCCAAUGUCAUAAAAGAACACACACAGGAGAAAAACCCUAUGAAUGUAACCACUGUGGUAAAGCCUUUGCAGGAAGGAGUGUGCUCCAAUGUCAUAAAAGAACACACACAGGAGAGAAACCCUAUGAAUGUAACCAAUGUGGUAAAGCCUUUGCACAAAGCGGUGGUCUCGAAUAUCAUAAAAGAACACAUACAGGAGAGAAACCCUAUGAAUGUACCCAGUGUGGUAAAACCUUUGCACAAAGCAGUGGUCUUGAAUAUCAUAAAAGAACACAUACAGGAGAGAAACCCUAUGAAUGUAACCAAUGUGGUAAAGCCUUUGCACAAAGCAGUGGUCUCGAAUAUCAUAAAAGAACCCAUACAGGAGAGAAACCCUAUGAAUGUAACCAAUGUGGUAAAGCCUUUGCAGUAAAGAAUGACCUCCAAAAACAUAAACGAACACACACAGGUGAGAAACCCUAUGAAUGUAACCACUGUGGUAAAGCCUUUGCACGAAGCAGUGUUCUCAAAUAUCAUGAAAGAAUACAUACAGGAGAGAAACCCUAUGAAUGUAACCAAUGUGAUAGAACCUUUGCACAAAGCAGUGGUCUUGAAUAUCAUAAAAGAACCCAUACAGGAGAGAAACCCUAUGAAUGUGACCAAUGUGGUAAAGCCUUUGCAGGAAAGAGUGUGCUCCAAUGUCAUAAAAGAACACACACAGGAGAAAAACCCUAUGAAUGUAACCAAUGUGGUAAAGCCUUUGCAGGAAGCAGUGACCUCCAAUAUCAUAAAAGAAUACAUACUGGAGAGAAACCCUAUGAAUGUAACCAAUGUGGUAAAGCCUUUGGAAAAAGGAGUGUCCUCCAAUGUCAUAAAAGAACACAUACAGGAGAGAAACCUUAUGAAUGUAACCAAUGUGGUAAGGCCUUUGCAAAAAGCAAUGGUCUCGAAUAUCAUAAAAGAACACAUACAGGAGAGAAACCCUAUGAAUGUAACCAAUGUGGUAAAGCCUUUACAAGAAGCAGUGAUCUCAAAUGUCAUAAAAGAACACAUACAGGAGAGAAACCUUAUGAAUGUAACCAAUGUGGUAAAGCCUUUGCACAAAGCAAUGGUCUCGAAUAUCAUAAAAGAACCCAUACAGGAGAGAAACCCUAUGAAUGUAACAAAUGUGGUAAAGCCUUUAUAAGAAGCAGUGGUCUCGAAUAUCAUGAAAAAACACAUACAAGAGAGAACUCCUAUGAAUGUAACCAAUGUGGUAAAACUUUUUCACAAUUCAAUAGUCUUUACAUCCAUAAAAUAACACACAGUUGAGAGAAACCCUUUGAGUAUAACCAUUGUGGUAAAUCUUUUGCACAAUGCAGUGGUCAACAAAAUCAUAAAGGAACACAUAUAGGAGAGAAAUUUUUGGAUGUGAGCAAUGUGGUUUUAAACAUUUUUCACAAAGCAGUGUCCUCCAAAUAUAUAAAGGAACAUAUACAGAGAUAAUCCCUAUGAGUACCAUCAAUGCUCUGAAGCCCUUCUGCAUCCCAAUCAUCUUCAGAUACAUAAAAGAACAGGUACUGGAGAGAAAGCCUCUGAAUAUAACUAAUGUGGUAAAGCCUUUGCACAGAAGAGUCAUCUCCUAGCACAUCAAAGAAUUCACACUAGAGAAACAUUAUGAAUAUAAGCAAUGUGGUAAACCUUUUGCAAGUACCAGUACUCUCCAAGUAAAUAAAAGAAGACACCCUCAAGAGAAACCCUGUGAAUGUCACCUAUAAGAUAAAUCCCUUGUACCUUGCAAUCAUCUUCAAAUACAUAAAAGAGGACAUACAGGUGAGAAACCUUACAAAUGUAAUCAAUGCGGUAAACCUUUCAUAUUUCAGUCAUUCAAGACAGGAAAGAAAUCAUAAUGUACAGAAAACCUGUGAGUGUAUUUAUUAUGAUAAAGUCUUCGCACAUUUCUAUAUUCUUCAUCACCAUGAAGCUAAUAUAUACUGUGUAGAAUUUAUGAAUACGUUUAAUAUUGUGAUACCUUUUCAAAUUUCCCAAGUCUUCAUCAUCAUGAAAGAGAAACCCUAUAGAGCUGCCAUCCUGGAGUC